UAACAUUAUUUCCACUUUGACACUUGCUGCAAAGCUGACACACUAAGCAAAAGCCAGCCUAACCGCAGCCAAAAAGCCACCAGCGCAAGCAAAAUUCCAGAGAGAGAGAGAGAGAGACAGAAAGAGAUAGAGAUAGAGAGAGACAGAGGGGGAGGAUCCAACAGAAAUGGGGUGAUCGAAACGGAAGGUUUUCCUGGCGGCCAUUGAAGUCACGCGAUCCAGUUUUUGGUUUUCUGUGUUCUGCAAGGUAAUUUUUUUUCAAAAACCUUCAGAAGGCAGCUUUUACUCUGUCUAUUUUGUUGGACUUGGAGAAUUGCUGUUCAAAUUUCAGGUGUAAGGGUGGAGAGAUCAGAGGUUGUAUCAACUGUAACUGUCAAAUUGGGUGAUCAAAAGUUCUGGUUUAACUGCCUGGUUCAAUAACAUUGGGUGGUUUUGGCAUAUUCCUUGAGUUUCAAAGUUGAGGGAUGGCGAAAUUGUCGCACGCAGACUCUAGGCGCAUGUACUCUUGGUGGUGGGAUAGCCACAUUAGCCCCAAGAACUCGAAAUGGCUUCAGGAGAAUCUCACAGAUAUGGAUGCUAAAGUGAAAACGAUGAUCAAACUCAUUGAAGAAGAUGCUGAUUCUUUUGCGAGAAGGGCAGAAAUGUACUACAAGAAGCGUCCCGAGCUCAUGAAAAUGGUGGAGGAUUUCUAUAGGGCAUACCGUGCUUUGGCUGAAAGGUAUGACCACGCGACGGGGGUGAUCAGACAUGCUCAUAGGACUAUGUCAGAAGCUUUUCCGAACCAAGUUCCUAUGGGUUUUGCUGAUGAUUCGCCCACGAGUACUGAUUCCUAUACGCCUAAGUCAACCCCAGUGCGCUCCCUUUUUGAAUCUGAUGAAAUGUCGAAGGAUUAUAGCUCUGAUGCCAAGAGAAACGGAGGAGCAUUCACUGAGGAUUCUGGUUCUGUAACAAAAGGGAGGGGGUUGAAACAGGUUAAUGAUCUCUUUGGGUCUGUGGGCAAUGCGAAAUUUGCAGAUGGGAAGGUGAGGAAGGGCCUGAAUUUUCACGAGUCAGGCGACAAAGAACACAGUCUGCAAAGCAACGAGUCUAACAGUUUUGAAGCUCAAUCGCGACCUGAUUUGGAUCAGGCGGUUGAAUCUGAGGAAGCUCUAAGGAAGGCGCUUGCCCGAGUGGAAGCUGAGAAGGAGGCAGGUCGUAUUCAGUACCAACAAGCUUUAGAGAAGCUGUCGGAGCUGAAUUCACAAAUCUCUCGUGCACAAGAAGAUUCUCGGGGACUUGGCGAGCGGGCAAGCAAAGCUGAAGCAGAAAUUCAAACUUUAAAGGAAGCUCUCUCUAAAUCGGAAACCGAAAAGGAAGCUAACCUUCAUGAAUACAGGCAAUGCUUGGAGAAGAUUUCUGAAAUGGAGAACACCCUCUCUUGUUCCCAAGAGGACACGGUGGAGCUUAAUCAAAAAGCUACUAAAGCCGAGCUCGAAGCCCAAUCCCUGAAAGAUGAUCUCGCAAAGAUAGCUACCGAGAAAGACAAAGCUCUUGAUCAGUACAUGCGGUCUCUGGAGACGAUAGCUAAGCUCGAGAAUAAAUUACAAUGUGCAGAGGAAGAUGCCCGAACAUUAAACGAAAGAGUUGAAAGAGCUGAAAACGAGGUCGAGUCUUUGAAACAAGCCAUUUCUGAAUUGAUUCGGGAGAAGGAAGCUGCAGCUCUCCAGUACCAGAAAUGUUUGGAGACCAUCGCCACUCUGGAGGCUAAGCUGUCUUCUGUUCAAGACGAAACGCAACGACUCAACUCAGAGAUUAACAACGGAGUUGCCAAGUUGAAAGAUGCAGAAGAGCAGCGUCUUCUGUUAGAACGAUCAAAUCAAUCUCUUCAAUCCAAGGUUGAAGCUUUAACGCAGAAGAUGGGCAACCAAACUCAAGAGCUUACGGAAAAGCAGAAGGAGCUCGGAAGACUAUGGACAUGCAUACAGGAAGAGCGGUUGCGCUUUGUUGAAGCCGAAACCGCCUUCCAAACUUUGCAACAUUUGCACGCCCAGGUUCAAGAAGAACUAAGAUCUCUGACUGCAGAGCUGCAGAACCGGGUCCAACUCUUCAGGGAGCUAGAAACUAAUAAUCAAACACUGCAAGAUGAAAUUGUGAAGGUCAAAGAAGAGAACAAGAACCUCGAGGAACUGAACGUAUCCUCAUCCAUGACAAUGAGAAAUAUGCAAGACGAGAUCUCCAGCUUGAGCGAAACGAAAGGGAAACUUGAGCAGGAGGUUGAGCUCCGAGUGGACCAAAGAAACGCUCUUCAGCAAGAAAUAUACUGUCUGAAAGAGGAACUAAACGAUUUGAACAAGAAGCAUCAGUCGAUUUUGGAGCAGGUGCAUGCAAUAGGGUUCAAUCCAGAGUGCCUCGAGUCAUCUGUGAAGGAGUUGCAGGAUGAGAAUACCAACUUGAAAGGCAUGUGCCAGAAAGAAAGAAGCGAGAAGGAAGUUCUUCUGGAGAAGCUAAAGUUAUUUGACCAGCUUGUCGAGAAAAACUCUGUCCUGGAGAAUUCCCUAUCGGAUUUGAGUGCUGAAUUAGAAGCAAUUAGAGGGAAAAUAAAGGCUUUGGAGAACUCAUGCCAGUCUCUCAUAGCGGAGAAUUCAACUCUACUCAGUGAGAAAGAAACUCUCACCACUGAACUGCAUGUAACAAACGAGAACUUGGAAAAGCUCUCAGCAAAGAACACUGUUCUCGAGAAUUCCCUUUCUGAUGCACACGAUGAACUCCAAAGCCUGAAGGAAAAAUCAAAAGGCUUAGAAGAUUCAUGCCAGAUAUUAAUGAACGAGAAGGUGGAUCUUCUUGGUGAACAGGGAAGGUUGGUUGAUCAGUUGCAAACUGCACUGCUGAGACUGGAAAACCUGGAGAAAAUGCAUGGAGAUAUUGAACAGAGAUACUCGGUUCUGGAGAAAGAAAAGCAAGCUGCUCUAGGCAAAAUAGAAGAGCUACAGAUAUCUUUAGAUGUGGAAAAGAAUGAGCAUACAAGUUCCAUUCAGAUGAGUAAUAAACAGUUGUCUGCUAUGGAAUCUGAGAUGCACCUUUUACGAGAAGACUUACAAUGCAGAACUAGAGAAUAUGAGGAGGAGCUGGAUAAAGCUUUGGAUUCUCAAAUUCAGAUCUUCAUCUUGCAGAAAAGUGCACAAGAUCUUCAAGGACAGAGUUUCUCUCUGCUGACCGAAUAUCACAAACUUCUAGAAGCAUCUGCAUUGUCAGAGAAACUGAUUUUAGACUUGGAGCAAAGGAAUCUUGAACAGAAAACAGAGGCAAAAUCUUUGUCCGAUCAGGCUAGUACUCUGAGGAAGGGGAUGUGCAAGUUAUUGAAGGACCUUGACAUUGUUAUAGAUCACGCGGGGAAUGACAGGAUUGCCAAGGACCAGGCUUAUCUUCAUCAUAUUCAGAGUAGGGUUGAAGGUAUUAAAGAGUCUUUAAUCAGAACGGAGGAAGAAAAUCAGCAAAAUAUUGUUGAAAAUUUUGUACUUGUCGCAUUGCUGAGGCAGCUAGAAUUAGCGGCAGAGAAUCUCCAUUUAGAAAAGACCACCGUUGAGCGGGAGUACAGGGAUAAAUCUGAUCGGUUUUGCACGUUGCAGAGUGAAGCUGUUAAACUGCAAGAGACAAAUGAAGAAAUGAAAUCAAAAAUAAAGGAGAAAGAUCACAAGGAGAAGCUGCUAGAAGUUCAGGUAGAGAAUCUAGGCAGCAGGUUGAUGAAUUUACAAGGAGAUUACAACAAUUUGGAGAGAGAGCAUUUAGAACUUCAGGAAGAGAAGGCUUUGAUGACUAAGACGAUAUCUGUCCUGGAGGAAAGGAGUCGUAGCCUAGAAGAGGAAAAUUAUGUAAUCUGUGGUGAAAUGCUCUCUCUUGAGAGCCUUUUCAUGGUUUUAAAGAACUGUGUCAAUGAGAAAUCUUUGGAAUUAAAGAUGCUUGCUGCUGAGCUAAACAAGCUUAAUGAAAUCAAUGGUGAAAAAGGUGAAAAACUGAGCUUAACUGAGAAGAUGCUGGAAGAGCUAAAACUUGAAAAUCUUAACCUUAUGAAGACACUGCAGAAGUCGGAAGAUGAGUUGAAUACCAUUCAACUUGUCAAGAAUCAGUUGGAUCAUGAUAUUGAAAUAAAAAAUAAUUCAUUGUUGGAGAAGGAACAUAAACUUCAAGAAGUAGAGGAAAAACUGAGUCUCACCGACAAAGAGAAGUUGGAGUUGCAUGAAAGUUUGCAGAAUCUGAUAAGAGAGCACGGUGAGGCUAAAAGGACCACAGAAGAUCUAGCAAAACAGAUAAUAUCAAUAUCCACAGAAAGUGAUAAUUUGAGGACAGAGAAUGGAAAUCUUCAUGAAGCAACUCGGUUAUUGGAGGAUGGACUUUGGCACUUGCGUGAGGAGAACGGAAAGAUGAAAGAGCAAAAUGAUGCAUUGCAUUCUGAGCUCCAAAAACAAACGAGUGAGAUCUGCACAUUGGAAUCAGAAAUGGAGGAGCUAUUUAGUGAAUUGCAAAUCUCCACUUUUUGUCAUCGCUUGUAUGAGCACAAGGCUUCUGAGCUCAUGAAAGUGAGUGAAGGACUUGAAGCUGAGAGUACUUCCAAGGACAUUGAUAUUAAACUUCUGGAAGAACGAGUAAGCUCUCUUGAUGCUGAUAAUGAAGGUCUUAAGGCUCAACUGGCGACACAGGAAUCAGAUGCGGAGGAGCUAUUUGGUGAAUUGCAGAGCUCCACUAUUUGUCACCGUUUUUAUGAGCAGAAGGUUCAUGAACUCAUUAAAGUGAGUGAAAGCUUUGAAGCCAAGAUUAAAUCUAAGGAUGUUGACAAUAAACUUCUGAAAGAAAGAGUAAGCAUUCUGGAUACUGCUAAUGAAGGUCUUAAGACUCAACUGGCAACAUGGCAAUCAGAUGCGGAGGAGCUAUUUGGUGAAUUGCAGAGCUCUACUAUUUGCCACAGUUUGUAUGGGGAGAAGGUCCGUGAACUCAUGAAAGUGAAUGAAAGCUUUAGAGCCAAGAUUAUUUCCAAGGAUUUUGACAAUAAACUUCUGAAAGAAAGAGUAAGCAUUCUGGAUGCUGAAAACGAAGGUCGUAGGACUCAACUGGCGACGUGGGAAUCAGACGCGGAGGAGCUAUUUGGUGAAUUGCAGAUCUCUACUAUUUGUCAUGGUUUGUAUGAGCACAAGGUUCAUGAACUCAUGACAGUGAGUGAAAGCUUUGAAGCCGAGAGUACUUCCAAGGAUGUUGAUAUCAAACUUCUGAAAGAAAGAGUGAGCAUUCUUGGUGCUGAAAAUGAAGGCCGUAAGACUCAACUGGCAACGUGGGAAUCAGACGCGGAGGAGCUAUUUGGUGAAUUGCUGAUCUCCACCAUUUGUAAUAGUGUGUACGAGCAGAAGGUUCAUGAACUCGUCAAAUUGAGCAAAACCUUCGAAGCUGAGAUUACUUCCAAGGACGCUGAUAUUAAACUUCUGAAUGCUGAAAAUAAAGGUCUUACGACUCAACUGGCCACAUAUGGCCCUGCUAUUGCUUCUUUGAGCCAAUGCAUAUCAUCCCUGGAGAAGCACACCGAUGGAAAACUCCAAAACCCCGAGAACGAGGGAAUUGAAGUUGCGAAGUGUCAUAAUGAAGAUAAUCUAGGAGAAAUGAAAAAUGCUACUGUGAUGGAUGCAUUUCUAGACCUGCAAGAUAUGGUGGCAAGGGUUCAAGCUGUUGAGAGGACAUUGGUCAAAAUCGAGCAGCUUGCAGCAGAGGAUAAUGUUAGCAUGAAUGGUAAACUGCAGGCUGCAAUUAAACAGAUUGAAGAGUUAAAAACUGAGAGCAGUAUGCUCGGUAAAAACUCUAAGCGCAUGUCUGAAGUCCUGGAGGCAGACAAUGGGAUUUUGACAAAAGAUAUCGUGCUUGACCAGAUAUCCGAGUGCUCAUCUUAUGAUAGGGCCAAAAGAGAGCACUAUGAAGCUGAUAAUCAAAUUCUCGAGUUAUGGGAAACUACCAACCCGGAUGGUGACAUCCGUCUUAAUGAUGGGCAGACAAAGCAAAAGGUUCCCCUCACGGCUCAGAAAUAUGGCGAAUUCCAUCAUGUUAAGUCAAUGAAGAAACCAAAAAGCGAGCGUCCUGGUUCAGAUGCACUGUCUGAGAAGGAGUUGGGAGUGGACAAACUGCAAAUAUCCAAACGAUCUUCAGAUCUUCGAGAGGGGAACAAGAAGAAGGUCUUGGAAAGACUUAACUCCGACGUCCUGAAAUUGACAAAUCUCCACAUUACAGUCAAGGACUUGAAGAGUAAACUCGAGAUUACUGAGAAGAGCAGAAGAGGCAAAGCAGUGCUCGAAUAUGAAAGCCUGAUGGGGCAAUUGAAUGAAGCCGAGGCUGAUGUCCUGAAGUUGUUUGAUCAGAGUGGCAAAUUGAUGAAAAAUUUCGAAACUGGAUCCUUCUCGUCUGAUUCCAUGUCCACAUUGGGGUUAGAGGAAAACGAAAGCAUCAGCAGGAGGAGAAUCUCGGAGCACGCUCAAAGGAUAUCUGAGAAAAUCGGGCGGCUGCAGUUAGCGGUACAGAAGAUGCAGUUCGUUCUACUGAAACUAGACGGCGAUAAAGAAACCAAAGGGAAAAGCAGAGUCUCUGAAACCAAAAGGAGAGUUCUGCUACGCGAUUUUCUCUAUGGUCGACCGAACCACAGGCAAAAGAAAAAGCCAUUUUGUGCUUGUGUUCAGCCUCCAACACAAGGAGAUUGAUACAUUCAUAGCUGCAAGUCAUACAGUACUAGAAUUUUUUCUUUUCCUUUUGUCCAUAAACCUCCAUUUCUGCAAAUAGACAUUCUAGGCAUAUGUACCACUAGAAUGUUGCAUGGUCUUUUUCCUCAAGUUGUUCAUGUCUAUCCAGAGUAACUUCUGUAAAUUUUUGAGGCUGCAUCCAGCUGAAAUAAACUGCCUUUUGUCUACA